AAAAAAAAAGGGAAAAUAGGAAAAGAGGAAGGAAGCGAGAAAUAAGAAAUAUGGAAUCCAUCCGUAGGCAGGAGAAACAGGGACUCCUCUCCCCCCGAUUCGAUCAUCUUCAUCUUCAUCACCAAUCUCUCUUUUAUUCUCUCCAAUAUGGCUUCGGCUUUGACGUAUUUAUGUACGUGCAUGGCCUCCUCUGCUUCUUCGCUUCCACGACGUAGCUUUAGGUAGAGAGGGAGGGGGAAAGAAAGAGAGAGAAGGGCUGUUGGGUUAUAAGUUGCCUGUUUUCUUGAAUUUGUCGGAUUUCUAGGGUUUGACGAAGCUUUGAUCUGCAAUGGAGGGCGCUUCCGAGGGGGAGAACAACAGGAACAACAACAGCGACAGUCCAAUUGAUGGGCCGAGGAGGCCCAAGCGCCAGAUGAAGACUCCUUACCAGUUGCGCAUCCUCGAGGACACUUACGCUCUGGAAGCUUACCCCUCGGAGGCGACAAGGGCGGAGCUCUCAGAGCAAUUGGGGUUGUCGGACAGGCAACUGCAGAUGUGGUUCUGUCACAGAAGGUUGAAGGAUAAGAAGGAUGGGGUACCAAAGAAGCCAAGAGGGUCAGGGAAUGGUUCGGGGAAAAGGGGGUCGUUUGAUUCUGGAAGGGAUGAAUUGGUGGCUGCUGAGAGAGUAAGUGAUCAUGGAUCAGGGUCUGGUUCAGGGUCACGGUCAGAGACAGGUUCAAGUCAAUCUGAUGAUGGCGUGACAGCAGUGAGAAGGUAUCAUCAGUCACCCUCUUCAGCAUUGGUGCGUAUAGCAGUAGCUUGUGUGCAGGAACAGCUAGGGGAGCCACUGAGGCAGGAUGGGCCAAUUCUUGGGAUGGAGUUUGACGAACUUCCACCUGGAGCAUUUGGGCAAACGAUAGGUGUGAGGACAAAGCAGGAAGACCGAUCUUGGUACACUUGUGAGGGAAAAUCAUUCGAGCAACCCUAUUUUGCACCAGCUAAAGCUGCUAUGAGGGAUAUUCAAGACUGUCUUCCAGAUGAGCCAAGGAUUAGAUCCGAUGCACAUGGACGACAUACCACAUCUAAUUUCUAUGAUUCGCCUGCAGAGUUUUCUAGUGCAAAUCUGUCAUCACAUUCACAUGGUAUUGGACGCAGGAGACCUAGAGUGCAAGGUCCGGGAUCAGUUAACUUGUCAUCUCAGCCAGGCAGGCAGGGACCUCUUUCAUCAUCUUCUGGGGAUGAUCCCUGUGCUGCACAAAGGGAGUCCUUGACAAAAAUUCAAAUGGAUGCUCAAGCCAGAGUGCUUCCAGUUACUGGGUCCAGAAAUCCAGAUGUGUCUGAGAGGGAAAUUCCAAACAGUGAAUAUGGUUUGCCGGUGGAGAAGAAAAGGAAGAGCAGUGAAGCUAGAAUUGGAAAGCAAGUUGAAUCCCAAGAGAAGAGGAUCAGGAAAGAACUUGAGAAACAAGAUAUGUUAAGGCGUAAGAGAGAGGAGCAAAUGAGGAGAGAAAUGGAAAAGCAAGAACGUGAGAGGCGGAAGGAUGAAGCAAGGAUGAUGCGUGAAAAGCAGCGACAGCAGGAGAAGUUUCUGCGUGAAGAAAGACGUGAAAUUGAACGGAGGGAAAAAUUUUUGCAGAAGGAAUCUCAGAAAGCUGAGAGGAGGAGGCAAAAAGAAGAGCUGCGCAGAGAAAAGGAAGAAGCAAAACUCAGAGCUGCUCUUGAGAAGGCUACAGCACGCAAACUUGCCAAGGAAUCUGUGGAGCUAAUUGAGGAUGAACGUCUUGAGCUAAUGGAGUUGGCUGCUUUAAGCAAGGGAUUUCCCUCAAUAGUUGCCCUUGACUAUGACACACUGCAAAACAUUGAAUCAUUCAGAGGUUUAUUGCGUUCAUUCCCUCCCAAGUCUGUGCAGUUAAAGAGGCCAUUUUCAAUUCAACCCUGGACAGAUUCAGAUGAGAACAUUGGAAACCUUCUCAUGGUUUGGAGAUUCUGCAUUACUUUUGCUGAUAUUUUGGAGCUUUGGCCUUUUACCCUUGAUGAAUUUGUUCAAGCCAUUCAUGACUAUGACUCAAGAUUGUUGAGUGAAAUACACAUUGCUCUCCUGAAAUUGAUUAUCAAAGAUAUUGAAGAUGUUGCAAGGACACCCUCUACUGGGAUGGGAACAAAUCAAUAUGGUUCUGCUAAUCCUGAAGGAGGGCAUCCACGGAUUGUUGAAGGGGCCUAUAUGUGGGGUUUUGACAUACGCAACUGGAAGAAGUUCUUAAAUCCCAUGACAUGGCCUGAAGUAUUACGGCAGUUUGCCCUAUCUGCAGGGUUUGGGCCACAGUUGAAGAAAAGGAGUACUGAACGGUGCUUGCCUGAUAAUGAUGAGACUAAAGGCUGUGAAGACAUAGUUUCCAUUUUACGCAAUGGUUCUGCAGCUGAAAAUGCAUUUGCAAUUAUGCAAGAAAAAGGAUUUUCACUUCAGCGCAGAUCUAGGCAUCGGUUGACGCCUGGAACAGUGAAAUUUGCUGCUUACCAUGUACUUUCCCUUGAGGGAAGCAAAGGUCUGACAGUUUUAGAACUUGCACACAAAAUUCAGAAAUCUGGACUUCGUGACCUAACAACAAGCAAGACACCAGAGGCCUCUAUUUCUGUUGCUUUAUCGAGGGAUCCUGUUCUUUUUGAAAGAACAGCUCCUUCGACCUAUCGUGUACGACCUCCUUUUAGAAAAGAUCCUGCUGAUGCUGAGGCAAUCCUCUCAGCAGCCAGAGAGAAAAUAAAACGAUAUGAAACUGGUUUUUUAGCUGGGGAAAAUGCUGAUGAUGUUGAAAGAGAUGAAGACUCCGAAGGUGAAGGUGCUGAGGGUCCUGAAGUUGAUGAUGUAGGUACUCCUAAUGUAAACAAAAAUAGCAGUAGUUAUCAAGACGUCAACACAUGCUCGGGAAAUGAAAAGGAAAAUUUCUCAGACAAUGUCGUAUUCAAUCUGGAGAAUGAGUCUGACAUUGCCGGCACUCAUGUUGAUAGAUUUAUUAGUGCUGCUGGUAACAACAAUGACUCAUGUAACCUUGGUCACGGAGAUACAGAAAUUGAUGAAAGUAAAUCAGGUGAACCAUGGGUUCAAGGACUUACUGAAGGGGAAUAUUCAGAGCUUUCUGUUGAGGAGCGUCUCAGUGCUCUUGUUGCCUUAGUCGGCAUUGCCAAUGAAGGAAUCUGUACCCGUGCUGUGCUUGAGGAUCGUCUGGAUGCUGCAACUGCUCUUAAAAAGCAAAUGUGGGCUGAGGUGCAAUUACAUAAAAAGCGCUGCAAAGAAGAGAAUAUAUCUCGAUUCCAUUGCUCUUCUUUUAUGGGGAAUGAAGCUGAAAUUAAACAAACAUCUGCUACAGCAGAGAGCAGCCAAAGCCCUUUGGCUACUGUUGAUAGCAAACUUAAUGAGUCGCCCCUAAAUACUGCAGUAAAGAAGGAAUCUUUGGUUGGCACAGACAAUGCCCAAGAGGACCUCAAUAGUCUGCCUUUAGAGAGGAGCAUGGUAGAAUCUGAUGCUGCCAUGGUUCAUAUUGGUUCAAUAAUUCAGCAAAAUGGAUGUGCGGCAGAAAGAUUACAUCUACAGUUGAAGUCUUAUGUUGGCCACAGAGCUGAAGAGAUGUAUGUAUAUAGGUCAUUGCCUCUUGGCCAAGAUCGUAGACGUAAUCGUUACUGGCAAUUUGUUGCAUCUGCUUCUAAGCACGAUCCUGGUUCUGGAAGGAUUUUUUUUGAAUCGCCUGAUGGCUAUUGGAUGCUUAUUGAUACUGAAGAGGGGUUUGAUGCUCUUUUGGCAUCCUUGGACACACGUGGGAUUAGGGAAUCUCAUUUGUCCAUAAUGUUGCAAAAUAUUGAGAAGCCUUUCAAGGAAAAUGUUAGAAAGAAUUCAAGAUGUGUUGGUGUUAUGGAAAAAGAUGGAAGUGUUGGAAAUGGAGCUGCUGAAAUGGAUUCUACUCCUCAAUGUAGUUCUGAUGACAGUCCAAGCAGUACGCUGUAUGGUUCAUAUUCUAAUAUAGGUGAACCAUCGUCCUCUUUUAGAAUUGAGCUAGGGAAGAAUGAAACUGACAAAAAGGCUGCUGUAGGAAGAUACCAAGAGUUUCAGACGUGGAUGUGGAAAGAAUGUUUCAAUUCGUCAAUUCUAUGUGCAAUGAGAUAUGGAAGGAAAAGGUGCAGACCAUUAUUAGGAAUCUGUCAGUUUUGCCUCAAUGUAUAUAUUGUUGGAAACAACCUGUGCCCAUCUUGCUAUAGGGAAUUUGGAAACUCUGAUGACAACAGAGAUGUUUCUGAAAAUAUUGUCCAUUGUCAAGAGAAAAGGAAAGUUACCCUCAAGAACUCUGAUAUAUCAGAUUUUUCUCUUCCGUUGAGAAUCAGGUUGCUGAAGGCCUUCUUAACCGUCAUUGAGGUUACUGUUCCAUCCGAGGCUCUUCAAUCUUCUUGGACAGAGAACUAUAGGAACAGUUGGGGAAUGAAAUUGCAUUGUUCAACAUCAGCACAUAGUCUUCUACAGAUUUUGACCGAGUUUGAAGCUGUCUUGAGACGAGAUUGUUUGUCAACAAACUUCGAGACAACUGAGGAAUUGCUGGGGUCCUCUGCUAUCUCAGGAAGAGAUGCAUGUGAUUCUGCUGAUCCAAGAUCAGUUCCUCACCUUCCUUGGAUACCAAAGACCAGUUCUGCUGUUGCCUUCAGGCUUUUGGAGCUCGAUGCUUCCACUUUCUACUUAGCACAACAACGAUCUGAACUUCACAACAGCAAGGAAGUGGAAGAUUUCACAAAGCCUCCAACAAGAUAUACUGUUAUGAAGACUGUUAAAAAGGCUGAACUGCUGCAAGUGAACCAAGACAAAGCCAUGAAAGUAAAGAACAGCAGAAAGCUGGCUAGUGUGCAUGGGGCUUCCAGGCAUAGGCAAGGAGUUCGGGGUCGCACCCCUGGAAGACCACAAAAAAGAGUCGUUGGUUCUAGCACGAGAGAUCUCAGAGAUGACCUCCCAUUAAACCAAGUACUUUGGCAGCAAGGACGGAGAACACAGGGACAGAGGCCUGGAUGGGGUCGUCGAACCAUUAGGAGGAGAAGAACAGAGGAGAGGGUUGUUCAGGAGCCCAUGCUUAGUCCCUUAGGCCACGUGGACAGUCCCAAGGAUGCCAGACAGUCUCCAAGAGAAUUUGCCGGGGAGGAGUGGGUUAACAAUGCUGACAGUAGUGACAAUCUAGAAGCAGUCGACUCUGAUGAUGAUGGAUGUGCAGUUGGAUACAAAUUUGGGAAACAGGGGACAGGAAAUUCUAUCACGAUGAGUGAUGAAGACGAAGAUGGCACUGACGAUGAUAAUGAUGGGUCCAAAGAGGUGGGAGAAGAAAAUGUUGAUGCAAACGAGGAUACCAGCAGUGAGGAUUCGGAUGGGAACGAGAAUGAAAGCACUGACUCUGGGAAUUCAGAGGAUUAUAGUGAAUAAAGAGGUUGCGGUUGCCCUUUUUUGGUACUCUUCUUGCCUAGAACCAUCAUCUUGCGCAGCCUAGUACAUAAGAAUAGAAUUGGAAAUACCCCAAACUCUUUCCAGAUAGCUGCUGAGAUACAAGAUAUAUAAAAGCAACACCCAAGUUCAAGGAGAAACAUACAUAGGCUGAGCUAACUUGUACAUUUGAGAUGUAAUUUUUUUAUGCUAAUUGGCACCUUCUUUUGCUGACAUUAAUUUCUUGUGCAUUUUGGGAUUCUGCUUGAAUAUUUACAUUUAUUUUCAAAUGUUUACAGUCCAAACAGCUGCUGCUGCUGUACAGAUGUUUUGCCUUGUGCAGAUAUUUUUCAUAUUAAUUGAUUAAGUUGCUUUUAGUUUUA